AUGGAAAGAGUCGUUUCCAGAGAUAAACUUAAGCUCUGCAUCACCUGUCGGCUUAACGUCACACUGUGUCUACAGGCCAUCAUCAGUGACAGUAUAACAACCGAGCUGGAAGCCACGGAAAGAGUGGGAUUGGCGGAGAGACGGGCGGAGGAGAAAAAGUGCGCGUCGUGGGAGGGCGGGCCACCUGUGACGGAGCACGGGCAAGUGGAGCAGCUCCGAGUCGCUGACGAAGACGCGUUCGUCAGUUUGUUUCCCUUCGAGGAUUUUUUUUUUUUUUUUUUAGACACCAGUUCAGAUUUCCUCAGCACAGUGAAAGAGAUUCCUUCCCCCCCUGCCAGUGUUUGUUGCAGAGGUGUGUGUGAGUCACAGGGCGAAUAUGUUUGCCUGAAUCCUGUUUUAAACAUACAUACACGCUGGUUGGAGGGAGUUCGUCCCGCGAGACGCUCAGCGGAGAUGCAUGGAGCCCGAUCCUCUGCGGUGCAGCUCCUGCUGCUGAGCUGUUGGUGUGCGGCGGCGGCUGGGUACCCGUUCAAAACGCCCCAGGACCUGGAUGUGACUCCACGUGUCACCGUGCUGAGCAGCGGUCUCCAGGGUUGCCGGCGUUUCCACUCCUCUGCAGUCAACUACAGCAGCAUGUUGCUGGAGGCUGACAGUGAGCGUCUGUACGUGGGGGCCCGGGGGGCUGCAUUCGCUCUCAACGCCUCUGACAUCUCAGCCAGCUCUGCUCUUACUAUCGAGUGGGAGGCCUCCCACGAGGAAAAAAGUCGGUGCCUGCUCAAGGGAAAAGACAAUAAGACCGAGUGCUUUAAUCACAUCCGCUUCCUCCAGAGGUUCAACUCGACUCAUCUCUACAUGUGUGGGACGAACGCCUUCAGCCCCCUCUGUGCAUACGUAGAUGAAGAGAGGUUUGUGAUAUCCUCCCAGCCUGAAGAGGGCAAAGACAAAUGUCCCUACAGUCCCACAACAGGUUACACUGCGCUCAUUAUAGACCAGCAGAUGUACUCGGCUUCUCAGUAUGACUUCAGAAGCUUUCCAGAUAUCCGCCGCAACUCUCCGUCUCCCACACUGAAGACAGAAGAUGCUCCCACGCGCUGGCUCAACGAGGCAGACUUCGUGGGUUCAGCUCUUGUGAGGGAGAGUUUUGGCAGCGACGGUGGUGAUGAUGAUAAGAUCUACUUCUUCUUCACGGAGAAAAGCCAGGAACAGACAACGACCUACAGCCACAGCAGGGUGGCACGAGUGGCUCGGGUUUGCAAGGGAGACCGAGGAGGCCUCUUAACUCUCCAGAAACGCUGGACGUCCUUCCUCAAGACCAGGCUGACCUGCUCCCUGCCCGAGUACGACUUCCACUUCAACAUGCUGCGCAGCGUGUUCGUCACGCCCGGCGACACGCCGCAGGACACGCGCUUCUACGGCAUCUUCGGCCUCGAAUGGAAAAACGUGAAGGCAUCUGCAGUGUGUCGGUUCUCACUGUCUGAAGUCCAAGAGGCCUUUCAAGGACCGUACAUGGAGAACCAGGACUCCGGCUCGAAGUGGAAGGAAUACACGGGAAAGAUCCCCAACCCUCGACCUGGAACGUGUAUCACUGAUGCUCUGAGGGCCCGAGGCAUCAAUGUCUCCACCUCACUGCCUGACGACGUGCUGGACUUUGUCAGGAGGCAUCCUCUGAUGUCCCGUCAGGUCCAACCUUCAGACGGACGCCCCCUUUUGUUCAGGAGGACCACAGACUACACACGCAUGGCCGUCCGCGUUUUUGAAGGACUGGAUGGACAGAUGUACCACAUACUGUACAUGGGUACAGAUGACGGUUGGCUCCACAAAGCCGUAGAAGUCAACGGUAAACUGCACAUCAUUGAGGAGCUUCAGCUGUUUGAAGACCCACAGCCAGUCAACAGUCUAUUAAUAUCUGAGAAACAGAUGAGUGUGUACGUUGGUUCUCCGACAGCCGUUGUGCAGCUCCCGCUUUCCAGCUGUCGCAGGUACACGUCCUGCUACGACUGCAUCUUCUCCAGAGACCCUGACUGUGGCUGGGACGGAGCGGAGUGUGUGGACGUCAUGACACACUCAAACAGAUCCACUUUAAUCCAAGACAUUCAGCAUGGCAGCAUGGGAUGCAAGCAGGCUCAAAACGGUGUCGCCCAGCGGAGCCGCUCCGUACGGGUGGGCGACGACGCGCUCCUGCAGUGCGAGCUCAGCUCCAACCUGGCGACGCCUGUCUGGACCCGGGAGGGCAGCGAGGUGCAGGGCUACGACCUCAACUCGGGCUUCAGGAGAGGCACGGACGGCCUGCUGAUCAUCGAGGCCCGGCAGGACCAGAGCGGCACGUACACCUGCCACUCCCUGGAGAACAACGUCCGGGUCGCCAUCGUCAGCUACAACGUGACCGUCCGCCUGGACCUGCCGCCUCCGCCGCCUGUCGAGCCGGACCGCGACUCCUUCGCAACGCCGCCGGUGGCCACCGAGCGCGCGGCCUCUGAGAGGCCGACCCUCCCGGUUGUGGCUAACGUCCUGCCCAGCUCCAAGCUGCUGUCUCCCAGGAGCACGGAGGUGGUGUACCUGUCCCUGAUCACCAUCCUGGGCGGCCUGUGUGUGGUCCUCACCGUGGUCCUCGUCUACGUGGGCUUCUGUCUGCGGGUGGGCCAGAGAGGAAAGUACUCGCUGCGCGCCGCCGCCGCCGCCUACCCGACCAGUAAGAGGCCCAGCAAGACCAGGAAGCAGCACAGAGGCUCCGCCCACAUGGAGCUGCAGACCAUCUCAAGUCACUGCAACGGCAACGGCCUGUGUAACGGCGUGGCAAAGAUGCACAACGGCGGCCUGGAGGACGGAGGCCUCCUGCAGAUCGUGCCCGGCGAGGCUUACACCUCUCCCAGCAGGGAGCCCCCUCCCCCGGCCCCGCCGCUGCCCCCCACCCCUCAGACUCCGUCGCAGGAGUGCGACUUCCCCAGCGGGCUGUCGGCCACGCUGCCCAGCGUCCUGAGGAGGAUGCACGGGAACAGCUACGUGCUGCUGAGGCAGAGCGACUCUGAGAACACGUCGCCGCUCUGUCACUCCUUCUCCGAAGAGCUCAACAAGAUCUUAGAGAAGAGGAAACACACCCUGCUGCUGCCCCGGCCGGACGAGAGCUCGGUGUAGAGGGCGGGACUACCAUGGUCUUGGUGCUCGUCACAUGGCUCAUUAUCAUUGUGAACUGAAGCUGUGAAAGAGACUCACACACUUACUUUGAAUUUUUUUUUUUUUGACACGUUCAUACAGUGGCUUUUUUGAAGCCUGCAUCCUAAAUCUAACAACAAUUGAAGGACCGAGCAUGAAAUGGAAGAAUAAUAAUAAUCUACCUCACCUCAGUACUGAACAGGACAUGUGCGGUCAGUCUGAACCAGAGUAUCAGAUCUGGGAUCUCACCUGCAGGUGGAUCUCUGCUCCGCAAGGAGCUGAGCGUGAAACAUGGACUCCAACAAGGAGCGGCGCCACACGGGAAUAAAAGUGCAGUCGAUCCGGACGGCGGCUGCAGCUCGCCAAAGUUUGUUUUCACUGUCAAGAGCACAGAUGGCUUAUGCAUUUUUAAAAACCUGACGUUCACUCAUUAUAAAUAUUAAGGGAGGCUGGACAAGCGAGCGAGGGAAUGCGGUCUGCAGUGUUUUCAUAUUUUCAUACCGACUUAAUCAAUUGCAAUAACCAACAGAAAAUAACAACUUUACACACCAGCCAAAAGUAAGAAAGGGUGAACUAAUCAUUAUUUAUCACUAUGAAUUUUAACCAGAGAAAUUAAACAUUUAGUAUUUUAUUACAUUGUUUUCUAUUAAACAUUAACUGCAUAACGCACCUUAAUGGAUCAUAAUAAUAAUUGAUAUGUGGUUUGUCAGACCCUUAUUCAUAAAGAUUUCUUAGUCAAAACAUACGCUGCAGGUUAAAGCAUUAUUGUGUUUUUAGCUCACAGGUGAAUAUAUCCUGCCUCUGUCUGGGACUGCCUGCAGCAGCCUGCAACCCCAAACUGGAUAAAGCGGGUACAGAAGAUGAGUUUCCAUCAUUAACAAUUAAACGUCUGAUGUUAAAGAAGUCACAUUUUGGAUCUUGAAGAUACUUGAAAAAGUAUUAGAUAGUGAUUAUUUCUCCAAGUAUUGAAACUGUGGCUAUUUUGACAGUAUUAUUCAGCCUAAUGCACUUUAAAUACCAGUUUUAAUGUGCUUUGAGAAAGUUAAUGGACACUUUUAUGGAGUCUGACACCAGGCGCUGUCAGCUGAAGGACCGUUUUUGGCAUUUUUUCAGCCUGAAGAGCUGUGACUGUGGAGGCCACAGCUGGACCUUGUUUCGCCACACAAGAUCACUGGAAAAAGGGGGGGGGGGGGAAACACAAAAAUAACAGUGACUGUGUCUGAAGUGAUCGAGAAUCCACCGCCGAGCGACGCUCCGCUUGAGUCCAGAGAUCAGGAUGACAGACUGCAGGGCGCGGCGUUCACCAACGACACACAAGGUUCCGGUGAGCAGAGGUCAGUUUGCACCGCUCUCAGUUUUUAUUUAUGGUCGGGGGACGUCAGCCGGCGAGACUAACCGCAGUGGCGUUCUCCUAAUGAGCGGCGGAGUGGGGACUCGCCAUCGCUGGUGGACAGCGGAGCCUGAGGAGAGGCGGGAUAAGGGCUACAGGCAUGAAAGUCUCUGCACCACCAGCUCUGCUUCACACAACCGGGACGGAAAUUGUCGUCUGCAGCGUCUGGAGGAGCAGAGCUGCGGCGGUUUGUGUGCAGAGGGCGUCCUCCUCUCUGAUGCAAAGACCAAACUCAACAUGCAGGGUUCUUUUUUUUUUUCUUUCACUUUGUGCAUGAAUUGUUUCAACACUGUUUCUCAUGAAGUCAAGGAAAGGACAAGGAUAACCAAACACUAAUGAAGUUCCAAGGUGGAUGUUU